AGUAACAUAGUAGUAUUUUACAUUUUCUCUACGAAUUAAUACAUUAAUCGUGUUACCUAAUUAAUUUUGGAAAACCCAAGUGAGCAAGGUGGCCGGAAAAAAACUAAGGGAGGUCAGAGCCGGUUACAUGUAAAGGUUUGAUUGGAUGGAGAGCGAAGACGGUGUUCAAGAGCCACGUACAUCGUCGUCGUCGGCGGUGGUGAGGUGGAGGGACGAGGAGCAAGUGAUGAGUGAAGUUCACCUUGGCUGCCCUCCUAACCACUCCGGUCCCCAUCUCUCCCUUUUUACCAUCUCCUUACCACCUCCCCACGAGAACUCCACUGUGAGGGAACACACUGAUGCAGUUAAGGAUACAUCAGUUUCUACAUCUACCAUGUUUGACUUAGAUGAAGAUGGUGAUCUUAUUUUAACACGUCGCAAAAAAUCACCUAGCCAUCAUCUUGCCUUGACCAUCCAGCAUAAUAUCACUUCAUCGAUUCCUAGAGUUGGUUUGCAGGUUUGGAGAGCAGAACUAGUACUUGCUGAUUUUGUGGUGCAUGUGAUUUCUAUGUCAUCUGAUUUUGAUGAAGUUAUUGCAUUGGAGCUUGGUGCUGGUACAGGGUUAGUUGGUAUUUUGCUUGCCCGUGUUGCUAAAACUGUCUUCAUAACAGACCAUGGCGACAAGGUACUUGAGAACUGUGAGAAAAAUGUGGAUCUUAAUGCUGAAAUAUUCCAUGGGAAGGAUUCUGUUCACGUACGUGAACUUGAUUGGAAAGAUUCAUGGCCUCCUCAAGAGUCGAAUGCUUCACCAUCUAAACGAAGGUACAGCUGUACCCAAUCAGAAAUUGAAGAACUCAAGAAAGCUUCUCUGCUUCUAGCUGCUGAUGUCAUUUACAGCGAUGACCUGACUGAUGCAUUCUUCAGUAUCCUAAAGAAAUUAAUGUCAGACAACCCGGAUAAGGUGCUAUACUUGGCUCUUGAAAAGCGUUACAACUUCACCCUUGAUGAUCUUGAUGUUGUUGCAAAUGGAUAUUCACACUUCCGCAGUUACAUGAUCACUGGAGAAGAUGAUGCAGGAUGUAAGCAGCUUGAUUGUGCACCCGAGCCCUUCUUUGUUGGCGAGCAGAUUGAUUUGAGUCACAUUCCAUGUUAUGUAAGGGAUUACAAUAGAGGGCAUGAUGUUGAACUUUGGAAAAUUAAGUUAAAUCAUAGAGCACUCUUCUGAAUUUUGAUAGUAACAUUUCUCUUCAGUAACUUACCUUAAGGUUUGUCUUUAAGAGUAAACGUCAAUACUUACUGAAAAGGUCUUCUGACUGCAGUUGCUAAUUGCUAUCAACUUCAAAUUCAUUUUCAUGCUCUAUUAGCAUCAA